AUGGCGGCUUUGUCGAAAGAAGAGUAUCUGAAACGUUAUAUUUCGGGAGAUAAACCUGAAACUAAGAAAAGAAGAAAAAAGAUCAAGCCUAUUGUGCAUUCUGUGUCCAGAAUAAUCGAUGAUGAUGUUGAUUUUAAUUCGCUGCUGCCUGACAACAUUGAAAACACGUUGGAAGAAGAUGUUGGGGACAAUGAACCUACAGUUGCUGAGUUCAUUGACGAGCGACCUGAGCACAUUAAGAGACUUGAAGAAUAUAGAGCUUCGGGAAGAUGGAAGACAAUGAAUGAUAAGAAAAAUGCCCGUGAAUUUGGCACUGUGAGUAAUGAUUCUGAUAACUCUGACAGUGAUGUUUCACCUGUAAGAAGAGGCCUUAUUGGAAGGAAUGUAAACUCACAGAGAAACAGACACGAUUCAGAUUCUGACCAAUCACCAUCGAGGACAAAGAGACAUGAUUCUGAUUCUGACCAAUCACCACCAAGGACUAAACGACAUGAUUCAGAUUCUGACCAAUCACCACCAAGGACUAAAAGACAUAAGGAUGUUGACCAUUCAUCUCAAAGGACAAAAAGACAUGAUUCUGAUUCUGACCAAUCACCACGCAGGAGACACCAGCAUCAUUCAGGUUCUGACCAAUCACCACCAAGGAGAAAAAACCCCAAUAGUGAUUCUGUCCAAUUACACCAAAGAAGUAAGAAACCUAAUUCAGAUUCUGACCAAUCGUUACCAAGAAGACAUAGACAUAAUUCAGAUUCUGACCAAUCACCUCCAAGAAGAAAAAGACAUAAUUCAGAUUCUGACCAGUCACCUCCAAGAAGAAAAAGACAUAAUUCAGAUUCUGACCAGUCACCACCAAGAAGAAAAAAACCUCAUUCAGAUUCUGACCAAUCACCUCCAAGAAGAAAAAGACGUCAUUCAGAUUCUGACCAAUCACCUCCAAGAAAAAGCAAAUCCGUUAAAGAAACGGACAAGAAGGACAGAAGGAAAGCAGAGCUGGGUAAUACCAAGAAGCCAUCGAAAACAUUGUCUGGGGCGAAGGCCGGGUUACAAAGUGCGAGAGAUAUGAAGCAGGAGGCUGAAGUUAUUCGGAAGCGAGAGGAAGAGGCAUUUAAAAAGAUUGGUGUGGAUAAAUUAGGCCGAUAUGCGACCACGGUUCAUAGGGACAAGUCUGGCAAACGGAGGAACCUGGAAGACGAGCGACAGAAGGAAAAAGAGGCAGAUAGGAAGAAAGCUGAAGAAGACAAAAAAUACAUGGAGUGGGGUCAAGGCUUGAAGCAGAAGGAAGACCGAGAGAAGAAGUUGCAGGACAGUCUUCACGAGAUAGCGAAGCCCCUGGCACGUUACCGUGAUGACGAGGACCUGGACAGCAUGUUGAAGGACCAGCUGAGAGAUGGAGAUCCCAUGGCUCUCUUCAUGAAGAAGAAGAAAAACAAGAACGCAGAUACCAAUAUCAAUGAGAAGCCGAAAUACCGCGGUCCGCAGCCUCCUCCAAACCGAUACGGGAUCCCGCCAGGCUACAGGUGGGACGGUGUGGAUCGCUCCAAUGGCUUUGAGGCCAAGCUGUUUGCUAAAUCUGCCGAGAGGAAAGCUGUCGACAUGAUGGCCUACAAAUGGAGCACAGAAGACAUGUAGACUAAACCACUGUUAGUGUACAGGAGAUGUGUAGACUGGCUGCUGUUAGUGUACAGGAGAUGUGUAGACUGACUGCUGUUAGUGUACAGAAGACGUGUAGACUGUCUGCUGUUAGUGUGCAGAAGAUGUGUAGACUGGCUGCUGUUAGUGUGCAGAAGAUGUGUAGACUAGCUGCUGUUAGUGUACAGAAGAUGUGUAGACUGGCUGCUAUUAGUGUACAGAAGACAUGUAGACUGGAUGCUGUUAGUGUACAGAAGAUGUGUAGACUGGCUGCUGUUAGUGUGCAGAAGACAUGUAGACUGAACUGCUGUUAGUGUACAGAAGACAUGUAGACUGAACUGCUGUUAGUGUACAGAAGACGUGUAGACUGGCUGCUGUUAAGUGUACAGAAGACAUGUAGACUGGCCUACUGUUAGUGUACAGAAGACAUGUAGACUGGCCUACUGUUAGUGUACAGAAGAUGUGUAGACUGGCUGCUGUUAGUGUACAGAAGACAUGUAGAUUGAACUGCUGUUAGUGUACAGAAGACAUGUAGACUGAACUGCUGUUAGUGUACAGAAGACGUGUAGACUGGCUGCUGUUAAGUGUACAGAAGACAUGUAGACUGAACUACUGUUAGUGUACAGAAGACAUGUAGACUGAACUGCUGUUAGUGUACAGAAGACGUGUAGACUGGCUACUAUUAGUGUACAGAAGACAUGUAGACUGAACUGAUGUUGGUGUACAGAAGACAUGUAGACUGAACUGUUGUUAGUGUACAGAAGACGUGUAGACUGGCUGCUGUUAAGUGUACAGAAGACAUGUAGACUGAACUACUGUUAGUGUACAGAAGACAUGUAGACUGAACUACUGUUAGUGUACAGAAGAUGUGUAGACUGGCUACUGUUAGUGUACAGAAGACAUUUAGACUGAACUGAUGUUGGUGUACAGAAGACAUGUAGACUGAACUGCUGUUAGUGUACAGAAGACAUGUAGACUGAACUGAUGUUGGUGUACAGAAGACACAUAGACUGAACUGCUGUUAGUGUACAGAAGACAUGUAGACUGAACUGAUGUUGGUGUACAGAAGACACAUAGACUGAACUGCUGUUAGUGUACAGAAGACAUGUAGACUGAACUGCUGUUAGUGUACAGAAGACAUGUAAACUGUAAAGUGUACAGAUUAUAAGUUGUAUGAAAUGGUCUGUAAUUGGACCACAAGAUCUUUAUGCAGCUACAAGUAAAAUGACCUAUAAUUUAAAGAGGCCUUCAAGUAAACAAGUAUCAAAUGACAUAUAGUUUAUAAGAGGUCAACAAGUGAAGCAUGUAACAUCGUUCAUAACUUGACCACAUAGAAGACGUUUUUAAAAAGGGCCUAUAAUCCUGGUAGAGAAAAGGUUUAAAGCGGCAUCUGUGUAAAGUGAUCUACAACUGUGCACAGGUGUUAACAGGACUUGUGGAGUGGUCUAGAAGUGGGAACAUACCUACUUUAUUAUAGAUUAAUUUAUAGAACAUGAAAAGUGGCCUUAACUGGUGCAUAACCAGUGACUCAAGUGACAAUAAAUAAAGAAAGACAAGAGGACUUAGUCUGGAUCCUGUAAUACAAUAAUAAAGUAUAAAAACAAUCUGUGAUGUGGCUAAAUUAAUAAAAGAGAUGCUUGCAGACUGUUCCGAUACCUUGAGCUGAAAUUUUGUGUAUAGCUUUUUAAUGUAGUUACAGAUCAAGUUUGAGUUUUAAUGGAAUUUUUUCCAUUCUUGACAAAGUUAUGGCCCUUGAACUUUAAAAAUGUGAAACAUUUGUUAUACCACAGUGGCAGAUCUGGGUGGGAGGGCAGGCGUCGGUCCCCCCUAAAUUGUGAGAUAUUUAUAUUUUUAUUUUAUUUUUUCACUUUUUACAUCGUAGAAUCCAGGGAAUCCCUACGUGAAUGUUUGUGGCAAUCAGCCAUAAGGG